UUGCCUUCCUGCUCCCCUCGCCCCCUCCCCCUCCUGCUAUAAAUAACCAGUACUAGCGGGUCAGGAACGUCACACCGCCAGAAACCAGGACCCAGAGGUUUUCUUCUCUGGGAAGGGGCAAAGGGUGAGGAGGAAGAGAAAGGAAUCGCUCGAAAUCUGCUCCGUCCGCGGCAUCCGCUGCUGCCCCUUUGAUGUUUUGGUACGCCGUGCGCAUGCGCCUCACAUUAGAAUUACUGCACUGGGCAGACUAAGUUGGAUCUCCUCUCUUCACUGAAACCCUCAAUCCCAUCAAAAACUAAAGGGAUGUGGAGAGUCCGGAAAAGGGGCUACUUUGGGAUUUGGUCAUUCCCCUUAAUAAUCGCCGCUGUCUGUGCGCAGAGUGUCAAUGACCCUAGUAAUAUGUCGCUGGUUAAAGAGACGGUGGAUAGACUGCUGAAAGGCUAUGACAUUCGUCUGAGACCAGAUUUUGGAGGUCCCCCCGUGGCUGUGGGAAUGAACAUUGACAUUGCCAGCAUUGACAUGGUUUCUGAAGUCAAUAUGGAUUAUACCUUGACAAUGUACUUUCAGCAAGCCUGGAGAGAUAAGAGGCUGUCCUAUAAUGUAAUACCUUUAAACUUGACUUUGGACAACAGAGUGGCAGAUCAGCUCUGGGUGCCUGAUACCUACUUCCUGAAUGAUAAGAAGUCAUUUGUUCAUGGAGUGACUGUCAAAAACCGCAUGAUCCGCCUGCAUCCAGAUGGCACAGUCCUUUAUGGCCUCAGAAUCACAACCACAGCUGCCUGCAUGAUGGACCUGCGGCGGUACCCACUGGACGAACAAAACUGCACCUUGGAAAUUGAAAGCUAUGGAUAUACCACUGAUGACAUUGAGUUUUACUGGCGUGGGGAUGACAAUGCCGUGACAGGAGUAACCAAGAUUGAGCUCCCGCAGUUCUCCAUCGUAGACUACAAACUUAUCACCAAGAAGGUUGUUUUCUCCACAGGGUCCUAUCCCAGAUUGUCCCUCAGCUUUAAGCUUAAGAGAAAUAUUGGCUACUUCAUCCUGCAAACAUACAUGCCUUCCAUCUUGAUUACAAUCCUCUCCUGGGUCUCUUUCUGGAUUAAUUAUGAUGCUUCAGCUGCCAGAGUGGCUUUAGGAAUUACAACUGUACUAACAAUGACCACAAUCAACACUCACCUCCGGGAAACUCUCCCCAAAAUCCCUUAUGUGAAGGCCAUUGACAUGUACCUAAUGGGGUGCUUUGUCUUCGUUUUCAUGGCCCUUCUGGAAUAUGCUUUGGUCAACUACAUUUUCUUUGGGAGAGGACCCCAACGCCAAAAGAAAGCAGCAGAGAAGGCUGCUAGUGCCAACAAUGAGAAGAUGCGCCUGGAUGUCAACAAGAUUUUUUAUAAAGAUAUUAAACAAAAUGGGACCCAAUAUCGAUCCUUGUGGGACCCCACUGGAAACCUCUCCCCAACUAGACGGACUACCAAUUACGAUUUCUCUCUGUAUACGAUGGACCCCCACGAAAACAUCUUACUGAGCACACUUGAAAUCAAAAACGAAAUGGCCACAUCGGAGGCUGUGAUGGGACUUGGAGACCCCAGGAGCACCAUGAUGGCCUACGAUGCCUCCAACAUCCAGUAUCGGAAAGCCGGGUUGCCCAGGCACAGUUUUGGUCGAAAUGCUCUGGAACGACACGUGGCGCAAAAGAAAAGUCGACUGCGGAGGCGCGCCUCACAGCUGAAGAUCACCAUCCCCGACUUGACUGACGUGAAUGCCAUAGAUAGGUGGUCCCGCAUAUUCUUCCCAGUGGUUUUUUCCUUCUUCAACAUCGUCUAUUGGCUUUAUUAUGUGAACUAAAACGUGGCCUCCCAUGGGAAUCAAGGACUCGAUUCCUCCUCAGAACAGUUGUACAGCCUGACGUAGGACUUGGAAAACACAUCAAUCCAGGACAAAAGUGAUGCUAAAAUACCUUAGUUGCUGGCCUAUCCUGUGGUCCAUUUCAUACCGUUUGGGUUGCUUCUUCUAAGUAAUGAAUACACUAAGGUCCUUGUGGUUUUCCAGUUAAAAUGCAAGGGAUGUGAGCCCAUGAUGACAGGAUUGAGCUUGAGUAUUCCGUUUUCAUCUGCAUAGUAGGCAGCUACUCAGAGGGGAAACAUUUAGAAGAUAUUCUGGAAAGGCUCAAUAGCAUUGUCAGUCAUUGCCCUAAGAUAUGGUCAUAUCCAGACACUCUCUGUGUUCAUUCUUAAGGUUGGCAUGCUAUUGAAAUAGCGCUGUGCUCAUGAAACAUUAUCAGCAGUACCAUGCACACAUGUUACUUUGGGAUGGUCUGUGCCUAUGUUAUUCAGGUGAUCAUGAUGUCAUGGGGAGAUAAUUACCACUGAACUGGUAGCUUCUCAUAUAGUUGGAGCAGGAUUAGGGUGGGGAGCCCAAGGGGGCUGGGGCCAAGGCAGAGAUUUGGUCAGCAAUUUGGUCAUUGUCUGUGUUUGAUGGAGUAUGGGGAAUCAACUAGGAUAUCCUUCAUUUUGGCAUUUAGAGAUAGAGACUCUUCUGAACAUUAUCAUACAUGGGAGUACCCAAAAAAUAUUUUGCACAAAACUAUUUUCUAGGUGGCUAAAAAGUUAACAACACAGAGCAGAGUCAAAAAUUCCAGAAAUGAGUGUUGUAACAAAUUUAAAGCAAGAAAGCAUAACCCUUAUCACCGCCCCACAGCAUCUGGUCUGUACAUACUGUGUCCAGUGGCAAAGGGUAGAGAGAGAAUUAUUUUUUUUUUCCAACAUCACAAGAUUUUGACAGCAUAUCUAAAGAGGUUUUUAUAAUUUAUCUAAUCAGAAUACAGUCAGAAAAUAGAAAAGUUAGGGGAACUAGAAGUAUCUUAGAUGUUCAGGUUAGAUUGGGAGUCAUGCAGGAAUAUAGAAUACAGACAUGGCUAACAAAUAGGUUAUCUUCCUUCGAGAGUGCCAGGUAUCUCUGGAACAUUUCCCUAUGAGUUUAUUUUUUGAAUUGAAUAGGGUAUUUCAAAAGGAGGAUUUGUUUAUUGCUUUAAAGGAUUAAUGGUCCUCUUCAGAUUUUCUUGCUUCCAAACUUCUGAUAAUAUUCUUAGAAGACAGGCACAGUAAGCCUUUGGGAGAGUGAGUGAACUCUAUUUUCAUCUGGGCAAUGAAGUUUACCUUUAUAAUUUUGAAAGCAAACAAUACUUUAAAAGAGUUUGUGCAUGAAAAAAGUUUGUGGGUUCACUGGAUUUGAUUUUCUUAACGGGUGCUUCCAUUGUGUAUAUUGCAAUCUGCUUAAUCAAGAAAAAUAUGAAAACUAGUGGACAAUAGGGUAAUACUAGAGCCACAUUAAUCUGUUGAGAGUUAUGAGCCUUGGUUGAUAUUGCAGAAAAAUAUAUAACUGAUAAUUAGGCUGACAUGGUAUAUUGGUUUAUUCUACCUUAAAUUAUGCCAUUUGUUUCUUUUUGUAUUAAUUGGACAUAUGCAUUCAUAUGUUGGACAGAAAUGACAAUAGGCUGAUAAUAUUUUAUUUCUAUCGAUGUGAGGCUCAUAUUUUGCUUUUUGUGUAGAAAAUAAUGAAUUGUUUAAUUUUAUGUAAAGUUUGAUUUGAGUGAACUUUUUCUCAGAAGAUGACUUUGCCGUUUCUACUUAGAAAAUAAAAGCAUCCUCUUUUCAGAGUAACAUUUCUAAUUAUGCAUAUGGGCCAAGGCCAGUUAUUUUCUUGUGGAUAAAAUGUAUGUUUUCUUCCCCUCCUAAUUCAGUAGUUUGGAAUAUUAUAGAGUCCUGUUGCUCUCCUAUUCUACCUAGUAGAGAACAACAACAUAAGAAAAAAUAGUUUGUCAUUCAACUUUCUGAAAUUGCCCCAAGGUGGGAUAAAAAAAAAUUUUCCCCAGUGUAGAAAAGUCUGGAUUUUAUUUCUGAUUACAUACUUGAACACCUCUGAGUAUAAUCUCUGGGCAGAAUCUGACCACGGAUCUUCCCUGUAUGCUCAGAGUAGAGGUUUCUCAUGUUUCUCCAGGGACAUGCUUUCUCCUAGGCAAUCAUUUUUUUGGGCGUCACACUAAUAAAAGUGCCUGCCCCUUGUGGCCAGGGGGUAAAGUUUGAGUAGAAAAUAACAGGAAGGAGCUUAUCAAUAACUCAGGGGCACAAGUCUAAAAUGUCAUUUCAGAAAGUUUUUUCUAGACAUAACUCAGAGCCCAAGUCUAGAAGUGGGCUCUUAUUUGCAAUUUCCAUAAAAGCCAUAAAAAUUCUUAAUAUUGUCAUUCAUGAUUACAACAAAAUUUUGGAUGUCUAGGCAAGUCAACGAUCUGAAUCAAUGUGGAGGGAUACAUCUUCAUAGCAUGAGCCUCAAAUACAUAUGACCAGGAAUUCAUUUCUGCUCUCAACGAUGUAACGAAACUAGGUAAAGGAGAGAAGAUGGAACCUUGAAAUGUGUGUCCUAGAUCGAAAAUCAUAUAUUGGCACUCAGUAAACAUAUAGAUAGAAAAAAACUGACUCAUCCUGUCCAGAAAUAACAGUAGACAUAGAAUUUAUUCUAAGCUAUAUGUUUAGUUGAAUUUGAAUGCAGUUAUCAAAUGCAAGGAAGGGUGCUAGGCUUCAUAAAUCCAGACAGCCAGUCAGCUUGGUAUCCAGUGGUUAAACUAAAGGACCACAAAGGUGUGUUUUUGCAAUUCUGAUAUGAUAUUACUAUCAGUUUAUACAUAUGUAUAGUUUUUCUUUUGAUUAUAAAACUGCAAGAUAGCCAGCAAUUAAGGUGUUUUCUCAUCUUUGUGAAAUUCAUAGGAAAUCUGACUCUAAAAUGCACAGUCUAAAUGAAAUCUUCGAUCUCAACCUGUAUAUAUAUAUUGUACAUGACUGCUAGUAGGUUUGAAAUGCACUUCAGAAUUGAAAACCCAUGCAACAUAAUCUUGUGUUUGCAAAGGAAUGUUACAAUUCUUUCUACUGCAAUUUAAUAACAGGGGAAAAGACUCAAGCAGUGCCAUCUAGACCUUUACUCAUUUCUUCAAAAGCAGUGCUAAGUAAAAAUAUUACUACUACUACUGAUGAUGAUGAUUUGUAAACCAAAAGACUUUACCUUCUAGCAUUAGGAAUACACAAAAAUAUCGUCAGCUUAAAAAAGCACAACACAUAAAGGAAGUGCAGUGGAAUGCAUAAUGGAGAAAUGAAUCACAUUUAUUUUGAGCAAGACCUGCAUUAAAUUGGCAACUAAGACAAUUUCCAUUUUCUAUAGGUAACUGUGUUCCUGUUUUAUGAUUAACUUCAUAUUCAAAAACAGAAACAGCAAGACAACAUCAACAAACACAGGUCUUACAACAUAUCUACAUGUGUAUAUGUGUAUAUAUUGAUCCAUGUAAACAUACAUACAUAUAUAUGCAUCCAUAUGUUGGAAAACAAAAGGAAUAAGCUAAUACGUUUUGUUUCCUUCACCAAACCAGUGUAUAUGUAUUUUUAAUUUAGCAACCAACAAUCAACAUAUUGAAAUAAGUAAUACAGGGUACUGAGCAUUUCUCGUAUCAGCGCAUCAAUGCCCACAGUUCUUAUGAACCUUUGCAGAGUUUGACACUACAAUAGUACUGUACCUCGGAAUAUCCAAGUUAACUAGUUCUCACAUUGCCUGUCUAAUUGCUCUUUUUUAAGGAUACAAAUAAUGUUGUCCAUCAGUGAUUUAAAAGCGAAAAUGUCUUAAGAAAAUGGAAAAUCAUAAAAAUUCCUCCUGGGAGGAGAAAAAAAAAUGAAACUAAACCCACCAUGUUGGUUAGGGAAAAAUACAACUGUAGCAAUCAUGCCAUUUUGCUAAGUGUACAAAGUACAUGUUAUGUGAGCAACCAUGACUUUCACUGAGAGUGUGUAAAUAUUAAAACAGAUUUCUUAAAUAUUUUUAACUUCUAAUUUGUAUUUUAUGGUAAGGCAAAGUGCUAAUUCUGUUUAUGGCUUAAGUUGAUGUGUUCUAAUAUUAUGUAAAUAAUCAAACAUGCUGUAAAUGAAUAGUCAGUAGAUACAAAUAAUUGUGUUUUUUUAAAUUUUUUUUUGUUUGUAUUUACUAUGUACGGUUACUGGAGUGCCCCAGCAGAGUAAUUUAAACACCCUUUUGCAUAAAUGGUUUGGGAAUCCCAGACAGAAGGGUUUCAGUUUGCUAUCUCAUAUGCGUGCACACGCACGCACACAAACACCACACACACACACACACACACACACACACAGACUCAAACAUUCAUAAUCUUCCACUCCCCUCUGGUUCACUUCCUCUCACCCUCCCUGCGCUAUGAGAAAACCCGGUAGUGUUUUCUGUAGUCAAUUUGACAACCAAGAGAUAGCCUUAUAAAUGGAAAAUGGAAAAAGGAGAAAUGAUUAUUGAUAUCUUAAUAGAGUUUUUUUUAAAUAUGUCAGAUUACUAGAAACCAAAGUUUGCAAAUUAAAUGUCAAUUUUCAAAAAGUGAAAGUUUGUAUUGAUGGCAGUACAGAAAAUAAAAAUGCUUAUUCAUAACAGCUCCAGACAAUUGCUACACACAAUGCACACUAGAAGGUUUUUUUUCUUUUUCUUUUAAACAGUAGCCUUUUUUGUCCAUAGAUAGUAUUGUUCCUUUCAACCAAAGACUCCAGAAUUAUUUUUUAAAAGGAAAAAAAAAUAGGGGAAAUGGGGGGGUGGGAGACACUGCUUCACACCAAAGGUUUAUAAAACAUUUUCCAAAUGCACUAGAAAGAUUGUAGAAACUAGUAAGGAGUCAGCAGGAUACUAAUAAAGAUACUUCCCUAAAGAAACGAUUUUUAAAAGUGGGGGUGGGGGGCAAUGCUCUUAAAUAGUUUAGUUUUUAGAAAAUGAUAAGUAGUAGAACAUUGCUGUAGAUGUUAAAAAUUCUGACAUCAAAUUUUAAUUUGCUUCAAGAAGUGCUUUUGUGAUAAAGAUAAAUAUGAUCCAAAAUGACGAAAAACAAAAUUUAUGUUCUUUGAGUUCCUAACCAAAUGUCACUCCCCUAUCACAUUGACCUCUAAUCUGAUUCCAUGUCUGUGUCUUUGUACCAGUUGAAACAAGUUGACAGUUCCCUCAGCUUACUUUAUUUUUUGGUCCAAUAAUGAGAAUUCAGCCAUGAUAAUUUUGAAUCUAAUUAACUCAAACAAAGUUGCCUAUAAUUAAUUCCAUACAUUUUUAAUUUUCCUUUGCAUGGGUGUUUAAAUAGUUCUGUUAUAAAUACUGCCCCUGCAUAGUUCUGAACUGUCCUUUUAUAAAAAGUGAUAUUCUAGUUUCUUCACAAUGUAGUGAUUAUCAGCCUUACUGAUGACCUUAUAGCCUUUCUUAACAUGCACAUAAUGCACAUUUCCAAUGUCUAAAAAAUGCAAACACAAGUGGAUAUCACUGCAUCUGUUUCCAUGUCUUUCUAAAAAGAGAACUAUACUAAAAUCUCUGGGAUAAAUGAGAUAGUAAAAAAAAAUGAGGAUUAUAAAUGAAUAGCACAUAAGAAUUAUUUUCUUGAAUUUAAACUUAUUGCAGCCAGUUUCAGCAUGUAAAUAUAUAAUAAUGUUGGCUAGUGUGUAAUUCUUAAACUAAGAAAUAUAAAUAAAAAUUAAAAGGUU